AUUUGGAAAUCAGAGAAACAAAGACAAACCCCAAGCAGCAGAGGCUAGCACCUCCCCCUGGGCACCCGGCUCUUGUGGGCGUGGUUCCCUGAAGCCUCCUUAUAAUCACAGAGUCUGGGCUGUUAGGGUCCUGCUCCUCCCACUUCCCCAUCCCUACCCAUCCAUCCGCAUCCCCGUUUGCUUUGUUGGAAACCUGUUCCCAUGUGGCCAUGGGGACGGGGCAGAUCUCAGUUUUAAUGUCUGUGGCUUUGGGGGGCGGGGCCUAAGUUGUUGAACCGACAACACCCACUUCCUCCACCCUGGCAGCAGUGCACCCCCUCCAUCCCGCUCUCUACCACCCACCUUGGGCUGUGUGUCCUCAGUGUCUCCCGGUCUGAGUCUGUGCUGUACCCAUGGGGCAGAGCCUGGCACCCAGUGUGCCCUUCCCUCAGUUAUUCUUUCCUUCUGGAGUUUGCUAGACUAGCCUCAGAGGCUUUCUGGGAAAAAGUGUCAGAAGGGAUCGGCUUUGAGAUCUGUACUUGGCUCCAUAGCCUCAGCCAGGUUGCUUAGCCUCUCCGGACCUCAGUUUCUUCAUCUGUACCAUGGGUCUGUUGCAGUGAGUAGUGGCUGUAAAUUUCCUGCUCAGUUCCCAGCCAGGUGAGAUACUGGGUAGCAUCCUGCCCCGGAAGAGCUCAAGGAUUCUCCAGUCACCCCAGAGUGCAUGUGACCCUGUAGGGGGCUGGGUUGGGGCUGGGCGGGCAUUCUUCCUCCCUCACUCACUUGCUGUGUGGCUGGGCAGGUUGACUGCCGUCUUUGAGCUGUAUUUUCUGGUACCUGCUCAUUUCACAAAGUCGUUGGGAAGACUCAAUAACUCGAAUCAUCAUCUGCUCAGCACAUUGGUGUUUGAAUCAACGGUAGCUGUCAUUUUAUUAUUGUUGUUAUUGUUAUUCCCAUAUACAAGGUGCUGUUGGGAACACAGAGGAAGUGACUGACUGGGGUUCAGGGAAAGCUCCGUAGAAGAGGGAACACUUGAGCUGGGUCUUGAAGGAUGAGUAGAAGUUCACCAAGUGGGAAAGGACCCUCUAGGAUGGCCGAACCUCGAUUUAACAACCCCUACUUCUGGCCCCCUCCUCCCACCAUGCCCAGCCAGCUGGACAACCUGGUCCUGAUUAACAAGAUCAAAGAGCAGCUGAUGGCGGAGAAGAUCCGGCCACCUCACUUGCCACCCACCUCAGCCUCGUCCCAACAGCCACUGCUAGUGCCCCCCGCGCCCGCCGAGACCAGCCAGGCCGUCAUGUCACUGCCCAAGCUGCAGCAGGUGCCAGGGUUGCACCCGCAGUCUGUGCCGCAGCCCGAUGUGGCGCUGCACGCUAGGCCGGCCACCAGUACUGUCACAGGUCUGGGGCUUUCCUCUCGAACCCCCGCUGUGAGUACGUCUGAGUCAACCCCAGGCACCGGCACCGGCACCAGUACCCCGUCCACACCUACCACCACCAGCCAGAGCCGCCUCAUCGCCUCAUCCCCCACCCUCAUCUCAGGGAUCACCAGCCCCCCCCUCCUGGACUCCAUCAAGACAAUCCAGGGCCACGGCCUCCUCGGCCCCCCCAAGUCUGAACGCGGCCGCAAAAAGAUCAAGGCAGAAAACCCAGGGGGUCCCCCUGUCCUUGUUGUCCCCUACCCCAUCCUGGCCUCCGGUGAGACCGCAAAGGAGGGCAAGACAUACAGGUGUAAGGUGUGCCCGCUCACCUUUUUCACCAAGUCUGAGAUGCAGAUCCACUCCAAGUCACACACAGAGGCCAAGCCCCACAAGUGCCCGCACUGCUCCAAGUCCUUUGCCAACGCCUCCUACCUGGCCCAGCACCUGCGCAUCCACCUGGGCGUCAAGCCCUACCACUGCUCCUACUGUGACAAGUCUUUCCGUCAGCUCUCCCACCUCCAGCAGCACACCAGAAUCCACACAGGCGACAGACCCUACAAGUGCCCACAUCCUGGCUGUGAGAAGGCUUUCACUCAGCUCUCCAACCUCCAGUCUCAUCAACGCCAGCACAACAAGGACAAGCCCUACAAAUGUCCCAACUGCUACAGGGCCUACUCAGACUCCGCCUCCCUCCAGAUCCACCUCUCCGCCCACGCCAUCAAGCACGCUAAGGCCUACUGCUGCAGCAUGUGUGGGCGGGCCUACACCUCGGAGACCUACCUGAUGAAGCACAUGUCCAAACACACAGUGGUGGAACACCUGGUGAGCCAUCACUCACCCCAGAGGACGGAGUCCCCCGGCAUCCCGGUGCGAAUCUCUCUGAUCUGAGCCCACCUGUGGCGCCGCCCCGCCCACUUGGCAGACAUAGACCUAGGCAGCACCCAGCCUAACUCCCGCUGGGGCCUCCAGGAACCACCAAGCUCUCUCACGACCUUCCCACCCUGCCAGAAAGCUUGGUCCACAGAAGCCCUGCCUGGUCCGGCUCCUGGGCAGCCAGGCCAACUGCAAGAUUCUGGACUGUUCUGGUGUCAUCCAAAGACGAUCUCAGAGCACUUUGAACCUGUCUGUUGGGUUUUUCUUUUUGUUCCCCCUCCCUCACUUGCUUCAUUCUUUCUUGUUUUUAAGUUUGUCUUGGAAAUAACAAAAAGGAUAUUUAUUGGCCAGAAUGUUGGUGCUGCUAAGAACGAGAAACUAAAAGGACUGGACAGACGGAUACAGAGAACCAGAGGGCAGCGUGGGACCUUCUCUGGCCAUUGCCUCAGGUCUUGAGGGGAGGCUCAGGCCUGGGGUUCUGGACUUCAAAGGGGACCCUCCCCCAGGUGGGAGGAAGACAGGAGACAGCUGGAGUGAGCCCUUCAGCCCUAUCACCUCGCUCAAAUUGCCUGAGCCUUGUCCUAGCCUUUACUGGGCAAAGGGUAUGGCAGCUGCCAGGGCUGCCUGGCUUCAGGGCAUGGAAACGAGGGGUCUGGGGAGCCGUGGGACCAAAGGGUGCAGUGAUGGCUGGGUGGCACGCCCAGGGAAAUGGGUUGGGGGGGUGCCUGGUGAAACCUGGCUCUUCCCCUGCUGCCCUGAAGACCAUCCCAGUCUACCUCGGUGCUGGCCAGGAAACCUAUUGGCUACCUCUCCCACCACUCCAGACUGUGGGCAGGGGGAUGGGGAUGGAGUGGGCCCGGAGCUAAGACCUCCUUCAGAAUUCCCUCCAGAAGGGGACAGUGCCCAGGGAGGAGUUGUCUUUCUUGCUACAGAAGGGGACUCCCCAACCCAGACCCCAGGCCCUGCAGCAGGGAUAGGAUCCUCCAAAGGAGGUUCCAGGAGCAGACCCUGCCCCCAGCCCCCCCUAGACAUCCCAAUCCGAAAGCCAUGCGUGUCCGUGUAUAUAGGAACUAUGUACAGAGCCCAGAGAAGCCCUUCCACAUCCCCCCCAGAGAGGAAGAAAACUAGACAAAACUCAUCUAUAUAUUCUGUAUCUGGAGUCCAUUUGAAUAUUAACUGUGUUAUUUUUAUACACUUUUUAAGCCUUAACUCAACAUUGAUUUACCAGUUUAACGUUUCCUGGGGUUUCUUUUCCACUGGGGGGGUUCUCUGCCCCCCCCACCCCGACCCCUUUGUUUGACCUGCGUCGUCUGAUACUCAGUAUUGUAGCUUUCCGUCCGCAUGUACUACCCUGUAAAUACGCUGUUCCAUGCUGUUAACACCCUUGGCUUUUUUUCUAUGGGACCUCCAGGCCACCAUAUUUAGAAAUAGUUACCUUAUUAAAAAAGAGAAAACGGUCUGUUGGCUUCUCAGUCUGCAUCUUGGUGGCAGGGAGGCGAGGGCAGGUGGCCCUCGGAGCUUCAGGAGAGAAACUUAUGUUCUAUUAAAGAAGGGGGUAAAGCUAAACAAAUCAAACAUGGGGGAAGGACACUGAAGGGGGCGAGAGUCAAAGGGACGCACCCUCUGCUCUUUGUAUCUCUGACGUGAAGAAUAAACUGUACCUAUACCU